AUGACGGAGUCGUCAAUUCACCAGGGUCCAGCUUUAGACUUGGACUACGAAUCCAUGCCGUCGAAUUCACCGCUGUCGCAUCAAUUGCUAGCAGGUGCAUUUGCCGGCAUCAUGGAACAUUCAGUGAUGUUUCCCAUAGACGCGUUGAAGACCCGAAUACAGUCUGGCCAUGCUUUGCUCUCCAAUAAUAUCAUACAAAACAUUUCAAAGAUAUCCACCCUAGAGGGAUCUACGACUCUUUGGAAAGGUGUGCAAUCCGUCAUCCUCGGUGCAGGCCCCGCACACGCGGUAUACUUUGGUACUUACGAAUUCUGUAAGUCAAGGCUUAUAGACGAACAAGAUAUGCAUACGCACCAGCCGAUAAAAACUGCAAUCAGUGGGGCUUGUGCCACAGUCGCAUCAGACGCAUUAAUGAACCCAUUCGAUACAUUGAAACAGCGAGUACAGCUCAGCCCAAACUCGAAAGUUUGGGCGGUAGCAGGCGAAAUGUACAGGACUGAGGGUAUAUCUGCAUUUUACUACUCGUACCCCACCACAAUUGCAAUGAACAUACCGUUUACUGCAUUGAACUUUGUCAUUUACGAGUCAUCAACGAAAAUAUUGAACCCAACGGGAGGGUAUAACCCACUGGUACACUGUCUCUGCGGUGGGAUAAGUGGGACACUCUGUGCUGCAAUCACAACCCCCUUAGACGUGAUAAAAACCACGUUGCAAGUUAGAGGCAGCGAUAGAGUCUCCUUGGAGAUAUUCAGACAAGCGGACACCUUCAGCAAGGCAGCAAGGGCUAUAUUCAAAGUUCAUGGUUACAAGGGGUUUUGGAGAGGGUUGCAGCCAAGGAUUGUAGCCACUAUGCCCGCCACUGCUAUAUCAUGGACUGCGUACGAGUGUGCCAAGCACUUCCUUUUGACUAUUUCUUGA